AGAGAGAGUCGAGACAUAACCGUAGGCUCCAACAAGAGACAACAAAAAGAUCCCGAUUUUCAAUUAGCCUCAGAAAUUCUACAAUCCUCCAUUUUAAACUCCCCGGAGUCAUUUAAAGGGUUUAAGAGAGAGGGAGGGAGAGAGAGAGGGAAACAGAGAGAGAGGAAAACAGAGAGAGAGAGAGAGUAAGAGAGAUGGAGAGAGACUGUGAAGAAGGAGAAACGGAGAAAAAGCUGAGACGAAGUUUCUUGGUGGGUAAUUACAGUAAAAGAGCUGGUCCUUCUACUCCUCCACCCACGUGGCGGCUCGAGCUUUCACCGCCGCGAGUCGGAGCUUCCUCCGCCGUAGUCGAGACGAAGGAGUUUUUAAUGAAUUCGGAGGUUUCCGUCCGGAAAUUGUGCGCCGAUUUGUGGGAAACAGAACGAUUCCGGCCGCCGAUUGGGCUGCGGCGAUGUCGACGACGUGAUUCGGUUGGGGAAUCAUCUAGUGGUAGUCAGCCACCAAGUAGAGGUAGCUUGAGGAGACAUAUCGCAGCACCGCUUGAUUCGACUGAUGAUCAUAGACUGGUACAGAGAAAUGGGGACUUGUUGCAACCAAUCUCUCCUUCGAGCUUCAGCAACAAUUCCUUGGAGGUUGUGGUGCGUAAGCCAGCGUUAAGUCAGAAUGGUUCUUCGAUGGCUAAGUCUGGUAGCUAUGGUUUGGGUUCCUCUACAAAUCUUCUCAAGGUGCUAAACCGGAUAUGGAGUCUGGAAGAACAGAAUACUGCUAAUAUGUCUUUGGUCAAAGCUCUAAAGAUGGAGUUGGACGAAUGUAGAGCCGAGAUCAAGGAUGUGCAGCAUCGGGAGAAGCAGAGGCCAAUAUGGAAGAAAAAGGAGGAAGAAGAUGAGCUAAAGAAUGUGUUUCGAUCGAUAAAGAAGGAGUUAGAUGACGAGAAGGAGGUUAGAAAGAAGUCGGAGAGUAUGCACCGGAAGCUAACACGAGAGCUUUGUGAAGCAAAGCAUUGUUUAACAAAAGCUUUGAAAGAUCUUGAAAAAGAGAGAAAGGAACGUGCUGUUGUGGAAAAUCUCUGCGAUAAGUUUGCUAAAGCGGUUAAAGAUUACGAAGAUAAGUUGAGACGGAUUGGGAAUAAGUCUCCGAUGAGUGAUAAAGUAAUUGUUCAUAUUGCAGAAGUGUGGAAUGAUCAGAGGUUGCAAAUGAAGCUAGAGGAAGGUGAUAAAGAGGAUUUAACAUCUUCGCACAAACUCGGUUUCAAUACUGAAUUAUAUCUGCGAGCUAAGGAGAAGCAAAGAUCACAUUCAAGUAAAGAAAGUGACUUAAGGGCAAAACCAGAUGAUUCAGGUUCUAUGCAUCAAAGGGUUUGCCUGAAGGAACUCGAAAAGCGAACAAGAAGAGAUAACAAGCUGCAGCUUAAGAGGUCGGAUCAAGUUCUUAAUCUAUCUAUGUCUUCGGAAGGAGACAAGAUUCAUCCAGAGACUAGUCCAAGGACUGUUGAUGAUCAUGAGAGUUUCUCGAGGAUUCUUCCGAGGAAUGUGAAUGUGAAUGUGAUGGAGAUAGAGAAAAGUCGUAGUCUGAAGGAUAAGCUGAUGGAAGCUCGUGUAGAGAGUCGACGUUUACGUUCUUUGAAACCAAAGUCGAGUCCGAGUCAUCUCGUUCAAGCUUGAGUCAUUUGAUCAAAGUCCUGUCUUAUGUUGGAAAGUAAAUUCUCUGGUUUGUGCAUGCUUGUUUGAAAAUAAUAUACAUUAUUAACUAACAUUUGGCACGCUGAAUUUACAUGGUAA